UUGGCGUUCAAUGUUUGAUCUUGCCAAAUAUAUUUGCAUGAAGAAUCUCGAUGAUUUAUUUUCCCUUUGCUUCAAGGUCAAUUGAAAAAGGGCGAUUCCCGAUGGUUUUGACAAUCGUAGGUGGUCGAGUGUUCACUUCACGAUGAACAACACCAAAAAUGGUUAUUUGUGUCAGUUUGAUAUCGAUGGUUCAAAUACGAAAUUUGCAAUGAUAUCCCCGAAAAUUUCACAUAUAAACCUUCACCAUGCAAGCUUUGGGCAUCAAAGCCUGAGCGACCGUUGAACUAUCAACAUGGUUUCUGCACUCAAAAUCUUAAUGAGUUUUUUGGUCCUAUGUUCGGCUGAAGGGUUAAAUCAAAAGAGGAAGACGACCUUUCCUUUCCAAGUAGUGUACAAUGACGACCCAAAUUAUAAAGACCACAGCCUUUAUUCACCAACUUUCAACACUGAUUACGUGCCCAAUCACAAGCGGAACAAUGAGACACAUACCGAAAUCAUAUUUGUGAACCAUCAUCAAGCAGCCCCUCUUCCGGAUAGCUUUCCGGAUUUGAGUCACUUCGUGUAUGAGUAUGACUAUCCAUGGGAGGAUAUCAAGGAUGACUUUGACGCCAAUGAGAAUUACAUUGAACAGGAGAUCUCAACGAGACCUCCGACAGUGCCUCAAAACAUCCAAGAGUCAUUCUUCAAAGACUUUGAUGAACCUGUUCAUUUUGCACCAAUUCAAAAGAUAUGUGAGCAUUCCUCGGCCAACGCCCAACCAACUUGUUUUGGAUACGCAACCUCCCCCACCUAAAAGUUCAUCAAUAUCUCAACCAAAGCUGGACUUGAACCCUUCCCGAAAACUUUCCAGACCCGUCCAACCCAGCCCCAAGUUAGCGACCCGUAGACCGACUAAAAGCCGGUCAAAUCCAAAACCCAAGAUAAAUCCAACUUAUCCAACCCAAGGUUAUCUCCCUC